UGAGGCAAAGACGUGCUCCUUCGGCAUGGGGCGGGAGGGGAUGUUCCCCGGGGCGGCGGCGGUCCUUUACGGGGCGCUGGCGGCGCUGGUCUUGCUGGGCGUCCGCGACGUGCUUUUCCUGUAUGAGGAGAACCGGUGCAGCAUGACCUACAUGUUCGAGUACCCCGAGUACCUGAAAAUAAAGCUGCCUAGGAAAAUACUCAGACAUUAUCCCGCUUAUGAACUCUAUCUCUAUGGGGAAGGAAGUUACGCAGAAGAAAAUAGAAAUCUGGUGUUAACUGGUAUUCCAGUCCUGUUUCUUCCUGGCAAUGCUGGCAGUUACAAACAAGUGCGUUCACUUGGGUCAAUAGCACUCAGGAAGGCAGAAGACCUUGACUUCAAAUACCAUUUUGAUGUCUUCAGUGUUAACUUUAACGAGGAACUUGUCGCAUUGUAUGGUGGAAGUUUACAAAGGCAGACCAGAUUUGUGCACGAAUGUAUUAAAGUCAUUCUUAAGUUGUAUAAGGGCCAGGGAUCUGCUCCAUCCAGUGUUGCCAUUGUGGGCCAUUCUAUGGGCGGUCUUGUUGCACGAGCGCUUCUGACUCUUAAAAAUUUUAAGGCAGAGCUCAUCAACGUCCUUGUUACUCAAGCCACACCUCAUAAUGCACCUGUAAUGCCUUUAGACCAGUAUCUGACUGAUUUUUACACGGCUGUGAACCAUCACUGGAGUCUCAAAGCUCAAGAUGUAGCGAAUCUAACGACUCUCUCCGUGGCGGGAGGAUUCCGAGAUUAUCAAGUUCGUUCAGGAUUGGCUCUUCUGCCCAGAUCAGAUCAACAAAGCAGUGCCUUGUCUGUCGUGAGCUCAGAAGUUCCUCGAGUUUGGGCUUCAACAGACCACCUUUCCAUAGUUUGGUGUAAAGAACUGAUCUUGGCUACUGUCAGGGCAUUUUUUGACCUUAUUGAUGAAAACACUAAACAGAUAACGCAAGAUCCUCAGAAGAGAAUGCUAGUCCUGAACCAUCACUUUCUGAAGCAUCCAGCAAAAUUCUUUGAGGAAAGGCCCCAGCCGGUGGCUGAACUAACAGGAGCCUUAACCUGGAUCACGAUAAAAGCUUCAAAAUGGUCUUAUACAGCAUACAAUGAAUCGGAUGGAAAAUAUUUUACUUUUCCUCUUUCAAGCCACAGAAAAUCGUACAGUCAUGUUCACUGUCAAAACAGUAUGUUGGACACAAAUAGUUGGAUAUAUGGCUGUGUAAACAGUUCCUCAUCUAUGUGCCUACAAGGUGUUGACUUAUCUUGGAAGGCUGAAUUACUGCCAACCGUUAAGGCAGUGACUCUGAAGCUUCAAGACUAUCCUUCUUUGACUCAUCUUGUACUCCAUGUACCAGCUGUCAAUGGCAAUAAGUUUACUUUGGAUUGUGAGUUCUUUAACGAGGCCUCUAGAACAGUGCAACUCCCUGUGACCCACCUCUUUUCUUUCGGAUUUUCUUCAAGCAAAAUUGUAUUAAAUUCAACUGGCCUUAUUCACAAUGUUCAGCUUCAACACUUUGGUCAGAUAUACCAAGCUUUUAAACUCUAUGUAGAGAGCCACUGCCAGUCAUUCAAAGAAAGAAAACCUAGUGUAUACCGACUUCAUAUCCCGUGGUCCCAUGAGGACUCCUUAACAUUGUCUCAGGUUCCAUCUUCAACGGAGAUUUCUGCAAAACUGCACGUCGCACAACCUGAAAAUGACACAACAGUUCCAGUAUUGAAUAUUUAUUCGUCUUCAGAUUGUCAAUAUGAAGUAACCAUCAGGACCUCUUUUCUGCAAGUCCUUGGCCAGGUAAUAAGAUUCCAUGGUGGCACCCUUCCUGUGUACAUUAUUUCUAAUAUUCUUCUUGCCUAUGGAAGACAAUUAAAGUCCCUAAUCUCAACAGGCCAAUGUUCCGAUUUUGUCCUGGCACUUACUAAAGCAUCCAAACCGUACAAAGUUGAACCUCUUGUAAAUAUUGUUAAGUUCUUGUUGGGGCUUAACUGGUUUAAAGGAAUCUGGGAUGCGUUAUUCUUGCCAGAACUGGAUGCUGUUACCCUGAGUAGGCAGGAUGUGUGGUUUCCUUUUGUGUCCCUGAUCCUCUUUAUGUUUGGAUCUGGCAUUGCCUAUUGGGGUGGCAUACUCUUGGAUUCAUCCAUACGGCUCUUGUCCUCCUUGUGGGUAGCUUUGAUCAGACCUUCUGGAUUUCCCACAGACGACAAGUUGAUCACUCAGAGAAGGCUGUGCAUAGCUGCUUUCAUGAUUUUCCUUAGUUGGACCACAUGUGGGGCAUUGGCUAUAGUAAUUACUUACUUUCAUUAUGUCUUCAAGGUUAUUAAGCUACAUUCCAGUGUAAGAACAGAACUAAGUGUCCUUAAUACGCACUCGGAACAGAUUUCUAAUUACUCUCAUAAAGAAACGGGGAAGAGCUGUGGAUCGAUGGGUGGCGUUUCUGAGGCAACAAAGCUACCUGUCAGCAGCACUGCUGUUGAUAGAAUUGUGGAUAGUCUCAAGAUGCAUUUCACAGUCCUCAACUUGCUCACCUGGAUUGUCCUGCUCAGUUGCCCAUCACUAAUUUACUGGCUAAAAAAUCUCAGGUACCACAUUAAACUCGAUCCUGAUCCGUGUAGACCUGUAGCUCUUAUCCUCGUAAUCAUUGUGGGGAUACUCAUUAACACAAGUACUACAAAGAUUAAAUCAAGUAGACUGUUGAAGAUUGCGGUGUAUCUUCCCCUCCCCUUGUCGGUUGCUGUCGUGGCCCUUGCGCCAAUGCAUUUAUACCGAAUACCACACUUCGUAACCAUUCCUCUCUCUCUUCAUGCAUUAUGCUGCAUUGUGUGACACUUCGGUUAACCAAAGCACUCGAACCCUCCAGCGGGAAAUGGAGGGGUUGGAAGAAAGGGCUUGAACCCCCUACGACCAGCACGAAGACAACGAAAAGGGCGUCUGCUGUCAGUGGCAGAAAUGAAAACAAUUACAGGAUGAAAAACUCUUUGUGGUGAUAAUCCUUUUCUUUGGAAAAUGUAGCAUUUUGCACCUUACAGUGCAUUUUUUUUAGUUGUAAAACUUCAGAUUUCUGUAGGCACAGUAUCCUUAAUCUGCACAGGAGGCUGGGGACUCAAACCUUGAUACCUGAUUUCUCUUGGUGUUGGAAGAGUUAUGUUUUUUAAUAUUUUUAAAACGGUCCUGAACUUGUACCUCACACGUUCUUGUGUUUUGAAGCAAAGCAAGUGCAGUCGGUAACGAACUGGAAGCAAACUGUGUCCGAAAGUGAAUGGCCAAUGAGACAAUCGAAACGUGCUUAUCUCACAAUAGGCAGUUUGCUACAGCUUUGUCUUUCCUGAGAUACGUACCAAGCCAUAGUGCUGCUACAGGGCGGUUGCUGGUGACAAAUCUCGAGUUUAUAUCAGAGCCGGCGCGUUUGUCAGAUAAUCAACAGUGAUGGUGGUGGCUUUAGUAUAUUCAGUAUAAUAUCAUUGAGUCAAUGUACUGGUGGAUGUGUCUGGUCUUCGAACGGUUACUCUGAACACUGGUAGAUCCUCAGGUUACUGUACACAGUGAUUAGUGUUGGUACGCACAGAAAUAUUUAGAAGCAAACACGCAUUACUUGCAUUGGGAAUUGUGUAUCCACACAAGUUUUCUGAAACUUGUAUCAGUUAAAGGCCAAAAUAUGCUCCUGUGUAGCUACGUGAAUGCCAAGAGUUGAGGAAAUGGUAAAAAGCCUUUCCAGCUACAGUCAGUACCAGAAUGUUCAUAAGCACUUCCAGAAUGCAAAUUUGUUCUUUCAAGGGCAAUGAAAUCCAUACCGAGCGAGUAAUCUCGUUGCCUGUAGGUCCUGUGGAUCCAUCUACGUUUGCCUCUGUGUUGUCUGGAUUGAGCUUCAGUUUGCCCUACCUUCAUCCCUGUUGCAACUAAUCCCAGAAAGAGGGGAGUGAUCAUCACUUCCUCAGUGGCCUCAUUCUAUAAAAGCAACGGCAAAGCCUAGAGGACUGAACCAUUCUGGAAAGCUACUCCUUAAGCCUCAGGACACACUCCCAACUGGGUCUGUCGAGUGUAUAGACUGAUAACGGCACAUCAAAGAAACAAGUAUUUAUCGCUGUGUACAAGGAAGGUUCAAAGGAAUCUGCUGUCAGACAGAAAUCCCAGGGGCAACUAUUGAUCAUAUGAGGAGUAGCAACUCGUUCUUGGGGACCUUGUAAGGAGAUGUGUGGGGCAUUCUAUCCAGUGUUAAAGACUGCCCUGCUUGCAUACCACCAGUGUCAUAAAAACGGGCAGUCACUUAGUAAUCCAAGUAUAGCUGGGUUAUCUACCUGUGUACAGCUAUAAAUAUCAUGUACUUAUUUGUAAUGUGAACUUCGCCUCGAUACUUAGGCAUUGCUCUUCCAUGACAGCUCCCUUCCUCUUCCUUUUGCGAUAUGGGGAAGUGAUUCAUUUUUCUCAAGUUACAUUGUAUACAUUUUGUCUAGCUUGAGGUUGUCAACUCCAGAUUGGGAAAGAGGGCAGGGAGUUGGGGAGGGGAAAAGAGGGAACUUAGCAGGGAAUAAUGCCAUAGUCCACCCUCCAAAGCGUCUGUUUUCUCCAUGGGAAGCGGUCUAUGUGGCCUGGAUAUCAGUUGUAAUUUCUGAAGAUUAUCAGGCCCUAAACGGUGUUUGGCAACCGUAGUCCAGUGGUAUCAUUCCUGCCUGAAGUGCCUUGGUUAAUUUUGACUUGCGUUUGGUAGACUUUGAGUUUCCUUAGACGAAAAAUACAUUUAAAAACAAACAAGCAACCUUUUUAUGCAGAAUUGUACUGUGAGCUUGCUAAAGAACUACUAGUUAAAAGACGCCUCUGAACCAUUAAGAACUUUGUAACUGUAAUCCAUGUCUGAAGUGAUACGUUUUAGACUUAAUUGUAUUUUGCGGACGCACUAUCUUUAGCAUGUAAAAGUUAUAUCCUCGUGGCUCUUUGGACAAGUCCUUCAGGUGAACUGUGUAUUCCUGACUCUGAGAUCUAAUUCCCAGCCAGAUAUAUGGUACUGUAUUUGUAUCUACGGUCAAAAGUGAGCUCUCUGCUACUAACUGGAUUGCUCGAUACUUCUGCAAAGAGCCUCUCCUGGUUGCUGUACUGGGCUUUUUGCUAAAGCUGGCAGGAGAAAGCAACAAAGCCUCCAGGCCUCCUAAAUGUUGGACCAGGGGGAAAACUUGGGUGGAUGUUGUUACUGCUGUCAGAGUGCUACAGCAAUAAGAAUGCCAUUUGCCAAAUGUUUCCUCUGCUGACUGGUUUCCAAAGGGUGGACAAGGUCCUUCAACGGUUUUUUAAAUUUAUUUAUUUAUUUUUAUUUUUUCAAUUCAGAAGAGGGUAUAUAAGAGGCCCUUCAGUGUUGUGCGCCGGCUCACUUCCUUGGAAGUCUGAUGGUUCUGGCAAGAAUGAGUGUUGUCCUUGUAAAGGUCUCUUUGAGAGCUGCCCUCCUUGUCCCCGAAUCACCAGGCUGCAUUUCACAACCUUUCUGCGCCCCCCCCCCCCAGCUGAUUGAACAAAGUCAAGGGCCAUGCCCCUAACUAGGAAAAACCGCAGUUUCUUGCUUCCCUCCUUAUUUUCUUGUUGCGUCCCUUCUUUUUCUGAGGACUCAAGCAAAAAAUUAGAAGUUUGGAUCCUCUAAUUCACUACAGUUAAGCAGACGCUUCUAGAAGAAAUUUUUGUACAGAUUACAGAUUAUAAGGCGGUUGCCACCCUGUUCAUAUUUGCUGUAAAUACGAUGACUUGUGGUAUCUCACACACUCCUGUGCGUCCUUAGAGACUUAACAUACUGCUCUUCUGUGUUCUGUGAAUUGCACUUAGGGCCCAGUUAGAUGAGGUGCUAGGAGAACUGUGACUGGUCCUCGCAUGUCUUUUUUAAAAAUUUAAAGCCUUUACAGGGAGAGGCGUAAAUUGCAUUGGGGAAGUUCCCCUGUGGGGGAAAGGGUGUCCCAUUUUCCAAACGUAAAUUGAUCUCCAAAGGAAGAAAUAGGAGCCUGUCCUCAUUCUUGCCAGAGAAAAUAACAGCUUGAAGAAGGUCAAGAAAAGGGAAAAUGGCACCAAGGAAAGGUUUAAACAUCCAGCACCAUCUCCCGGACCCAAUUCAGCCCACAGCUGCUUUGCAUUUUCCUUUUUUUUAGAGAAAUGAGACAUCCAAUCUCAGCUCUCUGGCGGCCUUGUCUCAUUUCACCCUUGCUGUAGGUCUCAUCCUGUACACAGUUUGAUGCUUAGGACUUACUACAGUCAUUUUCUAUGAAACUUUUGUAUUUUUGUAUCUGGAGAUUUUGGUUGCGAACGAGUGUGUUUAUAGUUCUGUGCUUAUAGAUUAUGCCUGUCUUUUAAAGUCUUCGAAUUGUUCUUACGUUUUCAGUCUGUGUCCCUCCCCUGGUGCAUAUUUUUAUUUUAGAAUCACUGCUUAUUGUAAACUGAAUUAGCUAGCCAUCUCAGAGAAGUAUUAAGCAAGGUGUAGAAAAAUACCUAAUAUUUCUUGCUUAAAAGGGAUUUCAAUGAGAGAUUUUAAUAAGAGUAUGUGAGCAGAAAUAGGUCCAUAAAACAGAUCAAAACCAUGAUCCUAAAGAACACUACCUAUUCUGUUAUUGAAUAGUUCAUUUAAAUAAAUUCAGUACUGGGGUCCAGAGCAAGAUAGGUAUGCCUAAUUUUCUUCUGCUACUAUUCCGUUAGCCUUCCAAACCCCUAAUUGUUUUUUAAAUAUCCCCAAGUUCUAAAAGUUAAGGGUUUAGGUGUAAGCACCACUUAACAGUGAAAUGCAAUUAGGACAGGCACACUUGCUUUGGUCUGAUUUUCCACUUUUAAAUAUUACGGGGCGUUGGAAGGGGUGGGGACCUUUUCGAAGAUUAGAGGUGCUAUGGUUCCCCCAGUGCCCAGUGGUUCAUCUGGUUUGUGUUUCUUAGACAAUAGUCUCCUGUCCCACAUGCCAAAUCCAAAACAAAGAGUGACUUCAAAAAAAUUUAUUGAUAAUAGUGUGUGUGUGUGUGUGUGUGUGUGUGUGUGUGUGUGUGUGUGUGUGUGUGUGUGUGUGUGUGUGUGUGUGUGUGUGGGGAGGGGGGGCGUAAAAUCACUUCAGGCAUGCUCAGCCUUAGGGCGUGCCGCAAGCGUUUUCGAUCCUUGCCUAGAAAUCUGCAGAUUCUUGAAUCUGACACUGGAAUAUACCUUUGCCUGUAGAUGGCAUGCCUGAGAAACCAUCGUGUUGGAUACCUCAACUAUGAGUUAGUUAAAUUCAGUUUUAGUGCCUACGAACACAUCUUGGAGCGUGUGAGAAAACUUUCUUUGGCAGUGAAAUAACUUGAAGUAAUGGAGUGGUAACGCAUUUGCACAUUUGAAUCUUAAGUCUUAUUUAUAACCUGCAGCUCUUAAUCAAAGUUAUGAGCACGUAGAGUUUGUUUAUCAAUGCUACUUUUUCUUGCUGCUGUUUUCUGUGAACAACUUGAGAAUUGUUAGCCACCAAGCAGCCUAAAGCCCUUAGGAUUCAUUUUGUAACUCAUGUGAAAGAGGUCUUGGGUUCAGCUUUAGUGGUAGACUGUGUGUGUAGCCUUUUGGGGAAACUAUUUAGUUCUACAUAAUAGAACCAUUAAAGUGUGUGUUACCUUGGAAAACCAUGCACUUUGCUGCUAAAGCUCCUUGCAGCUGUUACCAUAUCUCUGGACAUCUGUGCCAAUGAACUAGGCUUGAUCAACAAAUCUUUACUCAUCUAGAAGGUGGGGAGGGGAACAGAUUCAUUUUUUUCAAGUAUUUGGCAUUACCACCAACAUCAUAAGAACUUACAACUCUUCUGCGAAGUCAUCCUGCUCUAGAAAAUAUCUCCUUCGUACAAUGGUCAGCCAAUUUUAUCCAAAGAUUAAAUCCAAAAUGGCAGUAUUUUCCAAAUGAUGUAAUUGACCUUCUGCAGUCUUCCUUUGGCGAAAGCUACAGUACCUUAAAGUCAGGGUCGCAAGGGACCAUGAAUCAUAAGCUGGAAAAUCCCACCACUCAUUCUGCUUGUGGAAUGGCACUCCUGGUGCCUCCUUAGUAACAAGCCCCCCUAUCUUUUCAUGUACAGACUGCAAGGGAGAUUUGAUGCAGAAUUUGAUGCUGUUAUCUAAAUGUCAAAACUACAAAGGGCUACUCCAGGGCAUACCUAAAGAAACUCUGGAUUGUGGUCAAGAUUCCUACAAACUGAAUUAGCUGUAAAACCACAUUUUCAAAAUUUGGGCCUGAUUCUGCAGACUUACGAUGGUAGGUCUAGCAGCUAUCUUGUGUGCGGUGUGAUUUAAGAGUGACGUUCACAUGUCACUUGUAAUAGUAUUGUGGUCUGUAUUUUAUUACUUGACUAUAAAGUGUUGUCAAGUGUUUAUUCACAGCAAGCCUGCAAUAUCUGGUACCCACUAAGCCUAGCUUGGUUCGCCAGUCUCCUCUGACAGUCUCCUGGGAAUGAAUGAUCUCUUGGGUCCUGGGACAGCUCAAGUCACAGUACAUAUUGGAUGGGUUGCAUCUAGCUGUGAUGCGUCACAAGAAGUUGUGCAGUCCUUUAUAUAGGGAACUCAAAGAACACUCUGUUCUGUCUUCCCAUUUCUCCAUCUGCUCCCAAGCUGUCAUGGAAAUACCUGUGUGUGUUUAAAGAUGGGAAAAUGAAUUAAAUUUGUUUUGUGUAUAGUGAUUGUGUGCUUUGUGGAAAAAUUAACCUUUGUUCAUGUAAUUUCAGUGUGAAAGUUCAAAAGGGAAAAUGUCUGUGACUGUGACUUUCUACGUUUGAGGAAUAUUAAAAUGAAACACUAAACCUGAAAAUGGCUUAAAUCCUCAGUGGUUUGAGACCGUUUUUUUCAGCUGGAGAGGGGCAAGAAAGACAGGACCGGGGGUGUGGGUGGGGGGAGGAUGCCUUAGACUGGUAAAUCUGCAUUUUGUCAUUUUAUAUUUCUGUAUUUGGAUUAUGCUCUCCAAGCUCAUUUUAAAUUUGAACGUAUCAAUUAUUUAUUAGUUUGGUAGUGUGAAGACAGAACUUCAUAACUGUCCCAGUGCAGGCAUCGAACCCCCUUUUUUAAGAAUUACAGUGGAUUGGAUCUAAACUUUUCUGCCAGCAGCAUUUUUGUUGUUGGUUGUGAAGGAGAUCCACACAUUCACCUCUCCCCCAAAUACACACAUCGUAUGCAUUGGUAUUCCUGGAGGUGCUGUGACACCCCCCCCCCCAAAACCAGGCAAUGAAAUGCUGGGGGGACGUGUUGAAAUAUCUGCUGUUCUCAGUAUUUUGUAUCCAAUCUGAACGUAGAAUGUUGAAGACUCUAAUUUUCAAUAAUACCGCAAAAAAAUGGCAAGCUCUCUCCUUUUCGGUGUCUCCAUCCUGAUUCAACAAGACCUUUAUUUUACUUCAUUUAUACCCCGCCUUUGUCCCCAGUGGACCCAAAGUGGUUUACAUCAUCCACUUCUCCAUUUUUUCCUCACAACAAACUCUGCAAGGCCGGUUUAGCUGUGUGUGUGUGUGACUGGCCCAAGGUCACCCAGCGAGCUUCCAUGGCAAAGCAGAGAAUCAGUUUUAUACCUGCUGCAAUAAAAGGUUAAAUUUGGCUUACGCAUUCAGUGCUUUAACUGCAAACUUGCAAACAGAUGAUUACCAGAGGGUUUUUUUUUCCCUGUAGCUGUGUGAUUGGCCAGGUUAUAAUCAGUGAUCCUACUUAUAUAUAAGUUAAUGGGAUGGGGACCUGAAAGACCGUUUUUGUGCAAGGCGCGGUGGGUUUGAAUGACUCGGAGGCUGAAGCCACUUGGAAAGGUAAUGAACUGCUUUCGCACUAGAGGAAACCCUGCACAUACUCAGAGACUGGUUUUGUUCCCAUCAAAUCUAUUGUUAAGGUGAACGGGGGAAUGGAACUGAAUGUGAAUAUCUUAUGCGCUCUCUGUAGGGUUUACACUUGUAUAUGCUCAAUAGAAGCUUUUUUAAAAUAAAUGAACUUAAAAUGUUCUUUCAAAUACUUUGUACCUCUUAUAUUACGUUACACAUCCUUGUGUACAUUUUUGUACUGUAUCCUUUUCAAAUAAAGUGUAGUUUAUUAAAAGUGCCACUUAACUGACCAUACAUAUUGUCAUCUGUGAAUGCUGAUAACCUGGAUUGCUACUUUGUUCAAAUGAUUCUGGGUGUAAGGAUGAAUCUUUCUGCCUUUAGCCUUUGCUCAGGUAUUUUAUGUUGGAGUUUUUAUUUUAGAUGUAUGAAUGUAUGCUUUGUUUUACAACUGUUGUAUGUUGUAUUUUUGUGUAUUGAGGAAAUAAAAUAAUAGAAAGGAAGCAAGUGUGUCACCAGCAUCGUGGUGCAAUAAGUUUGGGGGGGGGGGGGCUGGCUUGAAUCCCUAGAGGCUUGAGGUUUGUUUGACUUGGUCUCGGGGUCAGACAUACUUAGUUCUAAAAAUAUCACACUGAUGGGAUGCUUAAUGCACCAUGUUGCUAGGGCACAGAAGUACUUCAUCCACUUCAUCUGAAACAUCGUAUAGGAGACGGUGAUAAUCAGGGGUAGUUGGGAGAAAAUGAAACUAGGACGGCUGAGCCGCUCUCGGCUCCUUUUCUUUCCUUUCUCGCCCCCAAACUGCUUGACCAAACAUAAUCCAACAGGAAAUUUGUACAACCAGCGCCAGGGUCCAUGGUUUCUGUCUCCAGAAUGCAAUUUAGAUAUUUUUGUCUUGAUUUAUUGUGAUUGUAAAUAUUUACAGAAAGGAAAUAAUAUUUUUUUUAAAAAAACACACACACACAACUUGAUUUUUCAACAGCUUCUGCUGAAAAAAAA